UCUCUCUCCUCUCCCCCUCUAUCUCCUCCUUGAAUCUUCCCCCCCUCUCUUCCAACAGGAGAAGCGGGCCAGCAGGGGGAGAUUUUCGCCUCUUCUCGCGCUUCCGGAUUGCGAGAAACAAUUACAUUUGGAGGGUUAAUUCAUCUGCCUUGGUUAAUUGUUCCAUUGAUACCCUGUUUGGCUGAUUUGUUCGCAUGAACUCAUCUCCGAGCUUGUAUGGGUGCAGUGGCUGCAUCGGUAGUUUAAGUAAAUGCAAGUCUCGUCCAGAUUCUAAAGUGCAAGCAUCUCUAAAGAAGAAAUCCGACCAUUCACCUGUUGGAAAAACAAGGCGAUGUUCAUCGGGUCCAGAGGCAAUGGAGAACAAUGCUAGCAUAUCAGUCUCUCUCGAGGGAAAUAUCUCGUCACUUCCCAACUCAAUUGCCAAUGAUUCUAAGAUGUCUGUGGAAAAUGGGAAAGAUACUUCAUUUAUCAAUCAUGCUGCUAUAGCAUGGGCUGAGAUGAGAAGUCAAUGGAUUGGAGAUAAGAAAAAAGCUCCCAAAGAGGCUGCACAAGAGCCAAUAAUCAGUUGGUGCACUACAUAUGAUGAUCUCUUGUCAACAAGCGAGCGUUUCUCACAGCCAAUCCCAUUACCUGAGAUGGUUGAUUUUUUGGUUGAUAUAUGGUAUGAAGAAGGGCUCUAUGAUUAGCUGAGUCUUGGUUGUUGAGAAAAGUAGCCAGGUGAAGAAAGACUGCAGAGUAGCAGCAUCCUUUGUCUGAAACUGCGGAAUCAAGAAAACAGUCAAGUGUAAAUACUACUUCAGUGUGUUGAUAAUUUGAUUUACUUCCUUGCAAGUUGGGUUGUAAGCUGAGUCAUGUUGCUAAUCGCUGAAGUACUCUAUGUCAUGUCAUAGCCUCAUAGGCUCAUAGCUGAGUGAAUGGUAAAAGCGAGCAACUCUAGCUGAAUGAAACGGUCAUUUCUUGCACCA